AUGCCAUGGUCAAUGUAUGCAACAGAACUCGGCAUCUACGUCGCCUAUCGUGACACCUACCAUGACCUUGAGGUUGUCCCGACCGAUAAACUCGCAGCUGCAGUUGCAUUACUACCAACCACCUCUCGCCGCCUUGGCGCUGAUGUGCUGUUAUGGAUAGUUCACUUGUUUGAUCGGAUGGGCAUUGAACCUACUGAUGAUUGGCUGGAUGAAGUUGAACAAGAACUCGACGGCAGACCCGACGAUCAAGAUCAGGAUGAUGAACAAGAAACAUGA